AUGAAGCCCAACCCGGCAGGCUCCUCCCCAGAGGCCUGCAAAGCUGCGGGGCAGGCCCCAAUGCCAGUACUGCAGCAGAAGACUCAGGCCACACCUGUGCAGACCUCUAAGCAGAAGGUUCUGGUGACUGGAGGAGGAGGCUACCUGGGCUUUAGCCUGGGUUCCAGCCUGGCCAAGAGCGGCACUUCUGUCAUCCUGCUCGACCUCCGCAGACCCCAGUGGGUGCUGUGCCCGGGGACCGAGUUCAUCCAGGCUGACGUCCGCGAUGCAGAAGCCCUGCACCGCGCCUUCGAAGGGGUGGACUGUGUCUUCCACAUGGCCUCCUGCGGAAUGUCUGGUGCCGAGCAGCUGCAAAAAGAGCAGAUUGAGUCUAUAAAUGUUGGAGGCACCAAACUAGUGAUUGAUGUUUGUGUCCAUCGGCGGGUUCCAAGGCUUGUCUACACCAGCACCGUCAAUGUCGCGUUCGGCGGGAAGCCCAUAGAACAGGGCGAUGAGGACUCUGUGCCAUAUUUCCCACUGGAGAAGCACAUGGACCACUACUCCCGAACCAAAGCCAUUGCCGACCAGUUGAUCCUCAUGGCCAACGGGACGCCUCUCCCAGGAGGAGGCGCUCUGCGGACAUGUGUGCUCCGGCCCCCAGGGAUCUACGGCCCCGAAGAGCAGAGGCACCUGCCCCGCGUGGCGAGCCACAUCAAGAAGAGACUGUUCAUGUUCCGAUUUGGGGACCGCAGGACGAGGAUGAACUGGGUUCACGUGUGCAAUCUGGUGCAGGCACACGUGCUAGCAGCCGAGGCCCUCACCGCCGCCAAGGGCUACGUGGCCAGUGGGCAGGCGUACUACAUCAAUGACGGGGAGAGCGUCAACCUCUUCGAGUGGAUGGCCCCACUGUUUGAGAAGCUGGGGUACAGCAAGCCCUGGAUCCAGGUUCCUACUUCCUGGGUUUACCUGUCAGCCACGGUGAUGGAGUAUUUGCACCUGGCCCUGAAGCCCAUCUGCAGCCUCCCGCCAGUGCUCACCCGGAGUGAGGUGCGCAGCGUGGCCGUGACGCACACCUUCCAGAUCGCUAAGGCCCGCGCUCAGCUUGGCUACGUGCCCGACAAGUUCAGCUUCGCGGACGCCGUGGAGCGAUACGUGCAGUCGACGGGCCCGGGAACCCGCGGCUCCACAGCGCGGACGCUCCUGCGGCUGCUGCUCGGGCUGCUGCUGCUCCUUGGCCUGCUCGUGCUGGCCCUGCACUUCCUAGGCCCGCGGCCGUUCGUCGUCUGACCAUCGUCGCCGGCCUGUCCCUGCCCCUGCUUCGCCUUCAGGACUUGGACCAGACCCUGCUCCGCCCUCCGGACUUGGGCGCUCCCUUGAGUCCUGGGCUAGUCCCUGCCCCACCCUCUGGGCUUGGAUCUGCCCAGCAGGUCUUCCGCUUGGAUAUUCCGGAGCUCUAACCCCGCCCCUGUCCCGCCCUCUGGGUUUUGACGUGCCCCUGCCCCGCCUCUUGCGCCCUGGCCACGCCCCUUCCCCUCCUUCCGGCCUUGGUCUCCCUGUGACCUGGCCGGGAUGCCUACGAGAAGGUCCUGUCUUCACAACCUGCUCCGCCUUCCAGGCCUUCUCCCCGCCCCUGCCCAGGCCUGGCCCGCCCCCGCGUUCUCCCCUGCUCUGGUGAGCCCCGUUUCUGGCUCUAGCCGAACGCCUGAGCCCUCGCCUGGGUUUCUCCUUUGAGAGAAAAAGUUGCAGAACAGAAAAGAACAUUUGUCUUGUUGGAGGUUUACAGGAACAUCAUGACCUGACCUACGGUGGACAGCUGCCAGAACAAAGGAUUCCAGCACCAAGAAGUUUACAACAACUAACCACGCCCCCUCCCCUUUUAAUAUAAAAGCCUGAGUUCUAACAUGGGGAAGAUGGUUCUUUGGGACACCAGUCCACCACCUUCUCAGUCUGCUGGCUUUCCAAAUAAAGUUGCUA